AUGGCGUCGGAGGAGACGACAGCACCGUGUGGCUCGAGAAAACCGGCACCACGCUUCACAUCCGAGGAGAAGUCGCUUCUUUUGAGCUUAGUCAACAAUCACAAAAAAGUUCUGGAAUGCAACAAGACGGACGUGGCAUCACUGAGCGCGAAAACUGCGGCGUGGAAGAAGCUCGCUGUGGAGUAUAACGCACAGCAUGGUGUCACGCCUCGCGACCCCAAGCAGCUGAAGAAAUGUUGGGGAAACAUGAAGCAGAAAUGGAAAGAGGAGAAUUCUGAAGAAAAAAGAAAAAUUCACAAGACGGGAGGAGGACCUGCUGUAGCAGGCAUGACACCACUGUCGGCGUUGGUUGGGGCUGUGGCAGGCCACAUGGCCACCAGAAUACCGAAUGAAGAAGACUCGGAUGGCGCAGUCUACCUCCCCCCAGUAGACAGUGAGCCUGUUGUUCGGCUACUGCAGCCCAUGAUGACAGGAGAAGUGGAAGCAACUUAUGACUAUUAUGAGGAGCACAGGAGCCCUGGUCAUCUGCAAAACGACCAAUCAAUGGUUAAUGACUUGAACGCCACAAGUUCACCCAUUGUGGAUGACAGUGCAGCUGCGCCAGAGUUUGACUCAAACAAGGAGAAUGAGCCAGAACUAGCCAGAGAAGCUACAAGCCAGAGGCCACCCAGAAGCAGGAUGGCACUCCUGGAGAAAACUUUGGCUUCUGAAAAUGAAGUCAGGAUUGCUUUGCUCAGGGAGGAGCACAAGUUGAGAAUGCAUCUCAUGCAAGAAGAGCAUGCAGACAACAUGAAAAAAAGGAAUGAAGAGCAUAAGCUGAAAAUAAAAAUAUUGAAUCUUCAAAAGCAAGUUGAGCUCGCAAAAUUGAAUGCUCUAAAUAAAAGCUGCAUGACACCCUGAGGCU